CUGGGGCAGCUACCGUUUUCCCCUUGUGUUAUAGAUAACCCUGUGUUAUAAGCAUAAAUUAAUAAACUAAACGUUGAAGAAAACAGAAGGGUGGCUUUAAAAUAUCUUGAUUUCAUGGAAACAUUGAUUUUACAGAAUAUUAUGGCUUACGGAACAAGUAUCCUCCCCUUUGAAUCUAUCUUGAUGGUUAAAGAUUGAUUCAUAAACUGUAAUGACAGCAGUCUCUCGCUGCCUGAGUGUCAAGGAGCGUACAUAUCCCAAAGAUGAUUCUGUUUGUACUCUCUAAAAUAUUGAUUUUGAUAACACUCGUCAAGAUGUCUUCUCAAUACCCAAAUGGAGCACCAAUAUCGGUUUGCCAGACAAUGAUUCCAGGUCAUCAAGGAACCUUUCCACAGCCAAAUCCUGCUCCAUAUAUAUUCAAGAUAAGCUCCAGUUCAUAUAAAAAUGGAAAACCUAUAAGAGUCCAGAUAUUGGGUCCUGGAUACAGAGGUCUCCUUUUGGAGAGUCGUACAUACGAUAAGACAAUGCUCAUUGGCAAAUGGGUCUUCCCACCAAAUGACACCAAGAUUUUGCAGUGUCCAGACAAUUCUGACGGCGCAAUUACUCACUCCAACACCAAUUUAAAAACACAGUCAACAACCUAUACGUGGAUGCCGCCAGAAGAGGAUUGUCCACCAAUUAUUUUCUUCAUAGCAACGGUAGCAGAGUCGCAUGAUGUGUACUGGCUUGGAGUAAAAUCUGCGGCUAUUUGGAAAGAUCCGGAGGCGACAUGCGGCACGAGCCAUAUUACCUGGCGAGGAGUACAUUGCACAAUUGCAUUCUUUCAGCUGGCAAUCUUUUUAGCAUUUCAAUGACACACGCAGAAAUACCUACUUUUAUCCUUUAUAAGCAAUCAUGUAUGCUAAACACAGUGGAGUACGUUAUGUGUGAUUACAAUACGCUUUACUAGCUUAGUGAUACCUUUAAUUAUAAAGCAUCUAACCAAGUCUAUAAGCUUAGAUACGGCUCAGUGCCUUUAAAACUUAAAUUAUGCUUUUAUUUACCAAAACAUGGGAUAUUAGUGCUUUAAAGAGAAGAUUUAUUUACUUUAAAUAUGUACAUGUCAUUUUAUUAAAAUACAAUAAAAUGAAACGUUUGUUUGGUGCA